GGCCAAGUGGCAGGCAACGCAGCGGACUUGGUUGUGAGGAAGGGAAGGGAGUUGUGGUGUGGGAGUUGCGACGGUCUGCCUUUAGUCUGACGUUCGGAAACCUUGGUUGUCACUCGUAAGAGGUGGAAGACUUCUCUCAAACAACAUGAGGGUCUUUGCAGUGAUCUACGCAGUUUUACUGGGUGGAGCGUCUGCAUUAUAUUCAUCGUCUAGUGGUGUCAUAGAUCUCACACCUUCCAAUUUCCAAAAAGAAGUAAUCAACGGUGACGCUGUUUGGGUUGUGGAAUUUUACGCCCCAUGGUGUGGUCACUGUCAGCAGUUGGUUCCAGAAUAUCAGAAGGCUGCUCAGGCUCUCAAAGGUGUAGUCAAAGUAGGAGCAGUAAAUGCUGAUGAUCACAGGAGUUUGGGUGGUCAAUAUGGGGUGCGUGGUUUCCCUACUAUCAAGAUAUUUGGUUUAGAUAAAAAUAAACCAGAAGACUACAAUGGACAGCGAAAUGCACAAAGUAUUGUAGAGGCUGCAUUGAAGACUGCUCGAGAUAAAGUGAAUGCUCAACUAUCUGGUAAGAGAGGCAGCAGUGGAGGAAGCAGUGGUGGUGGAGGUGGAGGUGGAAGUGAUGAUGAUGUGAUUGAGCUGACUGAUAGUAAUUUUGAAAAGCUUGUCCUUAAGUCUGAUGACAUGUGGCUUGUCGAGUUCUUUGCCCCAUGGUGUGGCCACUGUAAAAAUUUAGCUCCUCACUGGCAGAAGGCUGCUACAGAAUUGAAAGGUAAAGUUAAACUUGGUGCCUUAGAUGCCACAGUUCACCAGGUUAUGGCCAGCCGCUAUGGCGUUCAGGGUUACCCAACCAUAAAGUUCUUCUAUAAGGGAGAUGUAGAAGAUUAUGAAGGGGGACGUACUGCUUCAGAUAUUGUUGCCUUUGGUAAUGACAGAGCUGCAGUCAAUAUUGAGCCACCAGAGAUUGUGCAGCUGACAGAUGAAAAGGUUUUAGACGAAGCAUGCAAGAAGCAUCAAAUAUGUAUUAUUGCUGUUUUACCGCAUAUUUUAGACUGCCAAAGUGAGUGUCGGAAUAAUUACAUCAGUAUGCUUACAAAAUUAGGUGAUAAAUACAAGCAGAAAAUGUGGGGCUGGGUAUGGUCAGAAGCAGUUGCACAGUCUGAUCUUGAGCAGGCAUUAGACAUUGGCGGUUUUGGUUAUCCAGCUCUUGCAGCUCUUAAUGCUAAAAAGAUGCAGUUUGCUCUCCUGAAGGGAUCAUUCAGUGAGGAUGGAAUAAAUGAAUUCCUCCGUGACAUAUCUUACGGCAGAGGUCGAACUGCCCCAGUCCGAGGAGCACAGUUACCAUCUGUCAGUAAAGUAGAGUCAUGGGAUGGCAAGGAUGGAGCCCUCCCUGAGGAGGAAGAUAUUGAUCUUUCAGAUGUUGAUUUAGAUGACCUAGAUGGUCAUUCGGAGUUAUAAAAGUAUUUAAAUUAUAUGAUUUAGGGUUACUGAUAUAGAGUUCAUUGAUGUAGAUGUAGCCUUGCAAAAAAUAGUAAUAUUACUGAGUAGUGGUACUGGAGUGCAGUUAACUGCAUUGCUGGAGCAGAUAUUAAGUUUCUCAUGUUGAGAAAGACUAAUGAUUUGUUGAUAAACCUCUGCUAUUUUACUGCGGUGAACAGCAACAUUGUCUAUCAUAAAUGGUGAACAACUGCAGUACUGGUUUUGUUAGGAGGUAUACGUGUGGCAAUCCAGUACAAUUAUAUGCUGAACAUCAUACAAAAAAAGU